AUGUUAUUCGGACUGGAUAUAGUUCUUUUUUCAUUUUUUCUUUCAAUUUCUUUCCUACAUCUUUUACACUUUUUUUUUCGAACUCUUCCUGCUUUUUAUCUUUCUUUUACUUCUUCUAUUUAUCACUUAUUUAAUAAUUUAUUAUUUAUAUAUUCCUUACUUUCAUUUUCCUCAUUUUUUGCUUCUUUUAUUACUCUUUUCUUUCAUUCAUUCUUUCUUUUUUUCUUUCGUUUAUUCUUUCUGUCUUUCUUCCUUUUUUCCUCUUCCUUUUUUGCUUUUUCAAUAUUUUAUUCGAUAUUAUUUUCAUUUAUUCAUUCUUUAUUUAUUUAUCUAUUUAUUUAUUUUGUUUCCACUUUCGUUAUUCUUAUCACGAAUUAUUUCCUUCUUUAUUUUUUAUUUGUUUCAGUCUUUUCUCCUUCUUUCAAUUUCUUUCCUAUUUCCUUCCUUCAUUUCUUUAAUUCUUCCUGA